AUGUCUAACCAGAAUCUCAAGGUAUUGAUCAAGACGCCAUUCGCCCAGUUGCCUAGCUCAAAUCCAAUGCCCAUGUUGCAAAACAUCACACAUCUUGGUCCCGUUGAUUUCGAACAUUUGAAUCUGCCACUAUGGCUAUGUGUCUUCAUCGACGGUGCUGGUCCACAUACUCACAAUCUCCUAGAUUCGGGCUGCAAAGAUGUAACAUGGAUGUAUCAAACGUAUGCCGGCUGGAUUAGUCUAGCUAUGGUUAUAAUCUACUUCCGUGGAAGUUUUCUUGCAUUAUUGCUCAUGAUAGGCAUUCUGUAUGGAUGCGCAUCAAGCCUUAACUGCCUACGCAACAAGAGAUAUGGAUUUAGGUUGAAUGUGACAGAAGGAGUAGGUCAAAAAUUGAAUAUUCAAAAAGACGUCAUGAUAAUUGGGGAUACGAGCGACGAAGAAAAAGGGGAAAUUUCAUCAGUCUGGUUACGAGAAGAUAACGAGGAUGACAAGGAUGAAAUGAUGGAGAACAGCUAUGUUAAAAUCUUAUUGAAUGAGUUCAGGGGUAGUACGUGGAAAGAUCCUCAGUAUCUGCUCAUGACUAUUUUGAUAUUGUGCAUGUUCUGGUUCUUCACUAUAAUGGCAUUCGCGUUGAUCUCGUUCAUAGUAUCUGAGGCUCGAGAUUGGUCUCGUCUGAAACUUUAG